ACCAACAUUAAACCCAGUCGCACUUCUAAGCCUUAAAUACAGAUACACGUGUCUUUUGCUUCAGAUCAAUCGACACACAGAUAUUCCUUCGUUAAAUCGACAACACGGACUCGCUAACGCAUGUUACUAUUUGAGGAAGAAAAUAAACAUCACCUUAUAAUCAUCACAGCUAGCUGGUUAGCAAACCCAAGACGAACACAUAUAGGCGUGUACUGUUUAUCCUCCCUGUAUCUCGGAUGCACGGAGGUCGAACAUGACGUCAUUCCGAGUUCCGACCUCCCACAGUAUGAAGGUACACCGGAGUGAGGGAAAGGUUAAAGUUGUGUAAGAACAUGUAAGGUAGAUCAACGUGCUGCUGUCUUCCCAACACCCACAUGAGCUGAGCUAAACCCGGAAGGAUCUGUAGAACUGGUUGGAUAACAAGCACCUGAGUUUCACACAGACUGUGGCGCUCUGUUCAUGUAGUAUAUUUAUGCAAGUACUGUCGAUCAAGAAGAUAGACGUCUGCGUUCAUUUAAGCAUCAGAAUAAUCACGUUGGGAAGAUUUGCAAAAGUGGAGCUACCCAAAAUGGGAAAUUCAGUGGGGCAGAACAGCUUGGGAAUUCCUCGAGGGAAAGGACCACACCAGGUGGGAUGCACAGACUUAAUGGUGGGGCACACAUUACAGGGAACCUUCUUCAGACUUUACUAUCCAUGCCAAGCUCUAGAGGGUUCAGAGGAGCCGAACUGGAUCCCAUGCAGAGAAUACUUCAAUGGCCUUGCGGACUUCAUGAAAAUGAGCCGAGCACUGAGCGAAAGAAUUUUUAACUACCUCUUUGGGUCUUACAAAAUCCCAGCAGCAUGGAACGCCCCUUUUAAAACAGAUGGAAAAUAUCCAAUAAUUAUUUUCUCUCAUGGUCUGGGAGCAUUCAGGACACUGUAUUCAGCAAUAUGCGUUGAGUUGGCCUCACAGGGCUUUAUUGUUGCUGCAGUGGAACACAGAGAUGAAUCUGCUUCGGCAACCUUCUACUACAAAGAGAAGAGCGAAGUGAAUCAAAGCCAUCACACACAGCGGGAAGCAUUUAAGCCUGUGUCAGAUAAUUUGGUGGAGGAGUGGAUGUACUAUAGACAACUAAAAACAGGCGAGAGUGAAUUCCUUCUAAGAAACAAUCAAGUGAAACAAAGGGCAGAUGAGUGCAUACAAGCUUUGGAUCUUCUUAUCGACAUUAACUCAGGAAAGUCUGUGGAAAAUAUCUUACACUCAGAAUUUGACUGGUCAAAAUUGAAGAACAGUAUGGACUUGUGUAAAAUAGCAAUCAUGGGCCAUUCCUUUGGUGGGGCCACAGUGAUCGAGUGUUUGUGUAAGGAAGUCAAGUUCAAGUGUGGUGUUGCGUUGGACACAUGGAUGUUUCCCCUUGAGGAAGAAAUCUUUCCAAGUGUGAAACAGCCCAUUUUUUUCAUUAACUCGGAGAAGUUCCAGUGGGCCGGGAAUAUUAUGCAAAUGAAGAAAUUAGAUUCUGCCGUCAUUCCGAGAAAGAUGAUCACCAUCAAGGGAGCUGUGCAUCAGAGCUUUCCAGAUUUCACCUUUCUCACAGGUAAUUGGAUCGGGAAGCUUCUGAAGCUGAAGGGAGAAAUCGAUCCUAACAUAGCAAUGGAUUUGAGCAACAGAGCAUCGUUAGCAUUCCUUCAACGACACUUAUCUUUGGAGAGAGGCUUCAAUCAGUGGGAUCAUUUAAUUGAUGGAAAAGAUGACCACCUGAUUCCAGGCACUAACAUCCCUCUGCUUCAGUCCUCCAUCUAAUCAUUUGCUUUAAAAAAGGAAAAAACUUGCACAAUGCCUGUUUGUAAGCAUAUUUCUGUUGUUAUACAGCAAACACACAGAGAUAAAAGUAUAAUCUAGACAUAUUACAUUGCUGAAGUAAAGUUUAUUUAAAUUGGUUUUUGACUGCGGUGUAUGAAAACCUAUGAGGUCAGACCAGGUUAAUCAUAAAUAAGAGCAUUGUUUAAAUUGGGUAAAGUAUGGAUUUUUAUACAGUAAGCAAUUAAAGUUUAUCAACAACUUUCUGAAGUUUACAUUUUAUUGUGCCAGCUGGUCUUGUACUUUGUUUUUACAGCAAUGUGAAAGUACUAAUCUGUUAUUAGAAUGAUAUUUUCAUUGAAUAUUAGUAUCUGUGAUGGUUCUGUUCCUGUAAAAUAAACAGUUCACAGUUUAGUUAGACGACUGGGACUAAAGUAAUCAGACAGCCUGAAGAUUUAGCUUCAAAUUAUUUAUAAUGUUAUCUGUGAAAAGCCUUUACACUACAAAAUGCCUAAAAAGGCUGACUGUAAUAAUAACAACAGCUAUUUCAUGCAUUUUAUAUUAAUGUCUGUUUUUCAUAUGGUUUACACUUUUUUUCUUCAUUUUACUCGUGUCUUUAACAAAAGGAA